CUGUGCAGCUACACUGUGCUCUCAAACUGUGAAAAAGAGUUACGGUGCAGAGAGUAGUGCUGCUGUUUUACUUUUGCCUUUCCUUUUGCCUGCAUAAGCUCUAAAACCUACAUCAUUUUUAUAGAUUUCUUUUUCAUACUUAGAUUUUUAUAGGUUUGUUUUACACUGCACGCCGCAGAUGACUGGAGUUUUUUUUUUCUGCAUGUAAAAGUAAAAACAAAGUGGGAAAUGUCCUGGAAAAAGCUUGAUUUUCAUGAAGACACAAGGUGUACCGAAGAAGAGGAGAGGAAAUACCCAGAGGAAUGGCAUCGUGGGAAAAUGUGGCACUCAGAGGGGACGGACAACAACCAAAUGGAGAGGAUCUUAAAAAGAUGGAGGACACAGGGGGAGAGGCGGUACGGGAUAGGAGGAGUGGGGGGGUGGAGGGACAUAGGAUGGCGUGAGGACCGAGGCCUGUGGUUGGUUUGAUCUGAGCCACGUGUGCGUCCAGCCACGUCUCUUUGCCGCUUCAUGGAUGUCGAUGAAACGUUGGCUUCCCCUGCCGCCCGGUCCCUUCUGUCUUGGCCCAGGUUUUCUGAUAUGAAAUGAUGUGGGUCCUUGAGGAAGAGAUCAUACAGUCGUGCUUCAGUCUGUUACUCUCCAGUGGGUUUACAGCUCAAUAACUAGUGUCGAUGUAUCUAUGAAGCAGGCACUCAGCCGUUCAGGAACCAACUGUGGUUGUUCUGGGUAGCUCCCAGGUAUGAAUCCCUUGCAGCGAAUGACUGGGAAGCAGAACAGUGCUCGACUACCAGUAUUAUAAAACUCCCACUACAUAGAAUGUCAUCGCUGUGCUCUGUGAUGAGUUUAAAGCGGGGGUUCAGGCUGAGGAACAUGCUCUACCUCCACAACACAGGGCAGCCUUGAACUCUGCACCGGCACCCUCUCUUCCCCUCAGCCAUGAGUGUAACCGUUAGCUGAUAGUAUGUGAUCAACAGCACCGUGGCACCUACCAUCCUGCUGCUUCACCACCUCAAUAAUAGCUGGACUACUUAGUCUUUGUUGUGAAAAAUGGCACGAGAGGGUUUCCAGCUCAAAGCUUUCGACAACAAAGACCGCACAGAAGACAACGAGCUCCAGCCGGCUGAUUUCCCAACGUCAUCGCUCGCAUCCCUCCAUCUCAGGGAUGAGGCUGUGGUCAUCAAUGAGAACAUUAACCAUAUGGUGGAUAAUCCUGAGCCCCAUUCUGUAUUCCCUGAGAUGAUGUCAUCACUGCUUAACCAAUCACAACAGCAGACAGACAUAUCCAUGGCUACUAGGCCUGAGCCUUCACCAGCAGCUCAAGAGUUCUCGGAGUCUGAGAUGGGCCAGAACGACAGCGAGGCUCAGUCUCACACCCUGACAGCGCACCUGCAGGAUCUUUCCUCCCCUGUUGAUCAUGAUGAUGUGUUUCCUUCCCUAACAACCAACACUGCCAAGGAAGGAGGAGAACUUCAACUCAAGAACAACAUAACCAAAGCAAUGGCAGCAUGUAACUCCAGCUCGGAUGACAACCAUCUGUCUCAUGCAGAGUGGUACUGGGGAAAUAUCUCGAGAGAGGAGGUUAAUGAGAUGAUGAGAAACACUCCUGAUGGCACAUUCCUGGUCCGAGAUGCUUCCAGUAAGAAUAAGGGGGAAUACACUCUCACACUAAGAAAAGAUGGCUCCAACAGACUGAUAAAGAUCUUCCAUCAAGGGGGGAAGUACGGCUUUUCUGAGCCACUGUCCUUUCCCUCUAUGGUGGAUCUGAUCCAGUAUUACCAGAACAAGUCUCUGGCCCAGUACAACUCUAAACUGGACACACGGCUACUCUACCCCAUAUCCAGAUACCAGCAGCAGCAGGAUGUGAUGGAAGUUGACAUUGAUGCAGUUGGAGAACAGCUGAGGAUAUUUCAGGAUCAAUACAAAGAGAAGAGCAAAGAGUAUGACCAUCUGUAUGAGAAGUUUAACGAAACCUCCCAGGAACUGCAGAGCAAGCGUACAGCCAUAGAGGCUUUCAGUGAAAUCAUUCGGAUCUUUGAAGAGGAGUGUGAAACUCAAGAACGCUACAGCAAGGAAUACAUCGACAUGUUCCUCACAUUAGACAGCAGUACAGAGACUGACAAGAUUCAAAGCAAUUCAGAUGAGCUGCAGUCGAGGGUGGAGGAGAUCCACAGCAGCAAGAAGAAGUUGGAAGAGGAGCUGAGGAGAAAGGCUCAGGCUCACAUGGAGGUUGACAAGAAGAUGAACAGCCUGAAGCCCGACCUUGUGCAGCUCAGGAAGAUCAGAGAUCAAUACCUGCUCUGGCUCACUCAGCAAGGCACCAGACAGAGUCAGAUUAAUGAUUGGCUGGGUAUCAGGAAUGAAGAAGAAGACCCAUACACGCUGGCAGACGAUACCCACCAGGAGGAGAGGAGCUGGUAUGUUGGCGGUAUGCGACGGAAGGAGGCAGAGGAGUUGCUAAAGGGGAGAAGGGACGGGACCUUCUUAAUCAGAGAUAGCCAGACUCAGAGAGGCUCUUUUGCCUGCUCUGUCGUCGUGGAUGGGGAUGUGAAGCACUGUGUGAUCUACAGGACGUCCACAGGGUACGGCUUUGCUGAACCCUACAACCUGUACUCGUCGCUGAGAGAGCUGGUCCUGCACUAUCGACACACAUCCCUGAUCCAACACAACCAGCAGCUGAAUGUAACCCUGGCCUGGCCCGCUCUCAGCCAGCAGCCCAGCUGAGACACACCAGCAUGCCACCCUGAUGGCACUUCCCCAAAGCUUCACUGUAUUAGCACUGAGGACGCACCAAUAUGGACACUGUUACCAGGCUCUAACCGAAACAAUGCUCAGAUUUGGAUAUGUAGAAAUCCUACACUGGUAAGAUGCUACAGCAAACAAAACACACUGAAAUUGCUUUGCUAAGUUACUUGGAACACAACAGUAGUUUUAAGGGUUAGUUCAUUGUCAACUUUGUCUGUUACAAUAGUAGCAUAUGUAGCUCCUGGCAACAGCCAGGCUGAACUUCUGUUCUAGCUUAAUUUUCUACUUUAUUUUUAAAAACCAUUAUUCCUAAUGGUAAAAAUCCCAUUUACUCGCCAUCUGCACAUACAGCUUGCAAAACACAAUUGGGAUUAAGUACUUAGUAUUUACAGCAUUCAACAUUGAAUUAAAUCUUUUGCAGCCGUACUGAGGUAGUACUGAAAUAUUGCCUCAUCAUGACGCUAGAACCGUUAUCAGUGAUUUUUCCCAACCUGUAUCACAGUUGCAAAAACAGUGAAGUAUGAAGAUAUCAGGGUAACACAGGAUAUCAGUAUCUAGCUCUCAGAAUACUGAUUGCUUAAACUGAUUUAUAUAUAAAAAUUAUAUAUAAUUUGGAGUAUAAAAAGAAUGACACAUUUCUCUGAAGAGGGGAAGAGAAAUUAAUGGAAGUUAUCCACUAAUCCAGACACGAAAUGUUGUCAGCAACUUAUUUAUUUAUUUUCCUGAAGGCAAGCAGAAGAAAUCCUAAAUAUUUAAAAAGCUCCAGUGUGUAACAUUUACUUCAGGAGUGUCCAUUGGCAAAAAUGGAAUAAAAUAUUCGUAGGUAUGUUUUCAUUAGUGUACAAUCACCUUAAAAUAACAACCUUUGUGUUCGUGUUCGUGUGACAAACCAAACGCUUACUAUUAAGCCACCAUAGUCUCUUCAACACAUUUGGAAGAUAAGCAGUAUUUAAUUGGUCCUGAUCUACAACUUCACCACUAGAUGACACUAAAUCCUACACACUGGUCCUUUUAGAAGAAAAUAUUAAACUUCAUAUAGUAUUGAAUUCAUGGUCAAUCUUGCCUCAAACAUUUCUAAAAUAUUUUUGUCCAACAAUCCAAAUUAAUGCUCUGUAUCGUGCUGUGUCUGGCAUCAGACUGUACAUAGUACUCCAAGCUAAAUUAAUUUUUAAGCUUUGAAAAAAGUGAAUGUGUUGCCCCCCCCCCCACAUUAAACAUCUUAAAUCCAUAUCAGUGCAGCUGCAGUGUUAAGGUGCUUCUGGGAAACUGAGCUCAGGAUGGGACUCUGCUCUACCCAGCACAUGUGCACUAUGGGUAGUGUAGAAACUGAGGAGACACACGAGCACUUUAUCCAAAACAAGACAACCAGAACACACACAGACACAGAGAUGAGUCACCAGUACACCGAUUUCACAUGUUGAUGAGUGCUGGUUGAGAAGAAAAGUUUUUAUUGCAGUGAUUAGGAAUUAUGGAUUUACCCGAAUUUUGUCAGUUGAAUCGGACUUGGCUGUUCAAUUCAAUAAUUUGUUACUUUCAGUCCAGCGCCACACUACACUCCUAUAUGAGCAUUUCCUGCGAUGGAAGCACGGUUACAUGAGUCUCAUGUUUUAGCCUACCUCACGUUUAAUGCUUUACUUUGUCAUCUGUGAUGUGAAAAGAUCAGAUUUCCACAAAGUCAAGGAAAGUAACAGUGUGCGUCUUGCUCAUAGUUCAGUUACAGAAUUUCAGCACAGUACGGAGCAUCUCUGCUGCCGGGCUGCUGCUGUUAACUGGAGUCACUCUCAGUAAGGCUGCUCAA